UCGCUUCACGCAGACCAGCGGACGAACAUGGGGGGAAGCGAGAGCUCCUGACGAGGAUUGACUUUCAGUGAACCUUCGCUCUGCGGUGCAAGUCUGAGGCUAAUAGUCAGGAGAGGAGAAAAAAAGGCGACAGGGAAGACAUGUUUGAGGGGUUUUUUCGCCUUGCGGUCGCGGUAGGAUGUUGAUGUUGUGCUCCUAAAACAGACGGAAGAAGACCCAAAAAAGAAAAAAAGGGGGGGAGAAAGAGCCGAGGGCAAAUGGGAAUUGGUCGGUAGGUUUUUUUGGUUCAGGAGCCGCUGUUUUGAUCGCUGUUUAUUUAAUUGGUUUGUUAUGAUCUGAAAUAACGUAGGCCUCUUAGGCAGCCCCGCAGUAAAUAAAUACACGGUCAGCAAACCGGGGCUACAUCGCUGCAAAUUAACCCGCUUUUAUUAUAUUUCAGGGGAUGUUUUUAUAUGCGAGCCGCUGCGUUUUGUAGUAAGGUGGAAGCAUUGUUUAGGUGGCAUUUCUUAACCAGGCGGCCAAAACAUUUCUAGAUACAUCUACUCUUCAGGGGGCCAUACAAAGGCCCAGUAGAAACACAUUAAAGGCUACUUGGAGGCUUUAAAAGACUGUUUCCACUGCGAAGAAAAUCGCCCACAGGCUGGCUUUAAGCACGAAGGCGCACAACAGCAGUCUGCUCCCCACAGUUUAGAUCAAGACGGGACAUACGAAGAUUUUUAAAUGUUAAUGUCGACCGACGUUGCAUCCAUCAUGCUGCCUGUGUCCCGGGGUCUCAUGGACCGGGAUAGAGAGCUGGACACCAUGGCCGGGGUGCAUCCCAACGCGGGCGGCGCUCCCGCAGUGGUCCGCGGCAUGAAGCGCGGAGACCCGGAGCCCGACGGACAGACAGCGGCGGCUCUGGUGGACUCAGCCGGGGCGGAGUGCAAGCGUCCCCGGAUCGACGGCUCAGGGGGGAUCGGCGAGGUUGGUCAGAACAACGACCCUUUGACCCUUGGUUACCAUGGCUACCCAUCUCAUAGUCAGGGCUCUCAGGAUAGUGCUGGCGGUCAGGAGGGACUCGUACCGCCACCUUUCUCCGCGUUCCCUCCACCUCCGCCGCCACCCCCCCAGAACGGCCUGGCCCUGGAUUACGGGGGCAGUCUGUACGCAGCGGGAGCCGUCCAGGGCCCCGUGGAAGCCGGCGGAGCGGCGAACAGCGCCGCCAACGCUGCCAGCAGCCUCGGUGCUCAACAGUCGGAUGUGUCCUCCCAGAUUGACGGUCAGUCAGGGGUUGGCUCGGGAGGAGGAGGAGGCGGAGGGACCGCCGGGGUUGACGCAGACGACAAGGGGACACCCAAGCGCCUCCACGUGUCCAACAUCCCCUUCCGCUUCCGAGACCCCGACCUACGUCAGAUGUUUGGGCAAUUUGGCAAAAUCCUCGACGUCGAGAUCAUUUUCAAUGAGAGGGGAUCCAAGGGCUUCGGUUUUGUAACAUUCGAGUCGAGCGCAGAUGCAGAGAGGGCCAGAGAGAAGCUGCACGGCACGCUGGUGGAAGGACGUAAAAUCGAGGUCAAUAAUGCCACAGCCAGAGUGAUGACAAACAAGAAGAUGACCACCCCUUACUCUAACGGAGAGGGUCUUGCAACUCUGCCAUAUGCUGGGUGGAAGUUGAGUCCGAUGGUCGGAGCCAUGUACAGUCCUGAACUCUACACAGACGCUGUUCUUUCCUCCUCCUCUCCCUCAGUACCGGGGUUUCCUUACCCAGCAGCAGCGGCGGCGGCUGCUUCCACCGCUGCGACCUUUCGCGGCGCUCAUCUGCGGGGUCGCGCCCGACCUGUCUACAGCGCAGUUAGGGCAGCCGUGCCACAACCUGCCAUUCCUGCCUACCCGGGUGUGAUGGCCUAUCAGGAUGGCUUUUACGGUGCAGCUGAUCUCUAUGGCGGCUAUGCAGCUUAUCGUUACGCCCAGCCGGCUGCGGUAGCGACUCCCGCGGCGGCGGCGGCUGCAGCAGCGGCUUACAGUGACAGCUACGGACGAGUUUACACGGCAGACCCCUACCACGCUGCGCUCGCCCCAGCUGCCUACGGUGUUGGAGCCAUGGCCACACUGUACAGGGGAGGCUACAGUAGAUUUGCCCCUUACUAAAGACACUACAUUUCCCAGGAGCUCCUCUCUUCCAUUGAAUUACUCUGUAAGAGCUCCCUCUGUUGUCGUGGAGGUGGACUGCACCAAGUUUUAAAGUGUGGAGUCGACCACCUCAAAGAUAUUUCAGAUCCCACCCCCAAGCAGUCCUACAUUUUCUUAUAUAUGCUACUACAGAAAUAGAGGAAUGCUGUAUUAAAGACUGACGGAUGGCCUUUACAUUAAAAAAGAAGAAAAAUAAAAUAAAGACUUAAAAUGGCCACCUUCCCUAUUGCACGGCUGUAUUAUAGUCCCCCUUCUUAUUCCCUCGACACUCAGCAGCACAAGACUCGGGAUGGAGCCCGGAUGUUCUUCCAAGGCUGUAUGUGGAUAACUGACAUUUAAAUAGCUGUCAACCAUGUAUGAGAAAGAAUGGGAGUGCUGUGUGGCCUGCACACACUCAACAUUUAAGGAAAAAGAGGGGGAAACGAGCAACCAGAGUGUCCAAAACACGGUCGGAGCAGUAAGAAGCAGGAAGGUGCUUCGAAAGAGCACCUAAAACCAGAAUGACGAGUCACUAAAAUGAUAAAAAGGGCGCCCGCUGAUGGAUUUUUAUAAUUCCUCCUUAACGUGGGUGGAUAGUGAGAGAGGAUUUCCAUUCUUGCUGUGUUCUGGUAGAGGGAGACUGAACAUGGCAGCUUGGAGAGACAAUGUGAUGGUUUAUAACGCUACAGAAAUCAUGUCCGAAAGCUGAAGGGAGGGAGAGUUAUUAGAGCUGUUCCUUACCUCAAGAUUUCUUAGUAUGUGGAAAUGGUGAACCUUUAAACUUAAAAUUGUUAUGAUAUGCAAAGAAAUUAGUUUAGAGAAAAAAAAUUACCAAAUUAUUAUUAAUUGUAAUUAUUCUCAUUAUUAUUCUUAUUAAACCAUUAUUUUGUUUGACUCAGCAGCCAAUGCUGUCAUGGGAACAGUGAACCUUGGGGUUAAAAAUCAGAAAAUGAGCAUCUAUAUUACAAAUAUUCCAUGUUUUGACUAUGUGACACAACUAUAGUCUCACAUCAUCCCUCUCAUGUACAGGAUUUCACCAACACUAGACACUACAAAAAGUGCAACACUACACUUCAGACGUUUUCUUCUCGAACUGAUUUUAGCUUUAGAUUCAAACUAAAUCAUCCACCCACAACCCUGAGGUUCAAGUACUUGUUGAUCCUUUAAUGUAGAGAUUUAUUAUUUGGAUUUUCCCCUCAUGCUCCAUCUUUUAUAGAGCAAAGUCCAACAUUGAAUGAGUCUUCCUGAAACAUACUGUACCUGUCAAUAGUUUGGACAUGCCAACUCAUCCAGUGUUUUUUCUUUAUAUUUAUUAUUUUCUAAAUGGUAGAUUAAUACUGAAGCCAUCAAAAUGAAGAAAAAACACAUGGAUUUAUAUAGGAAGCCAAAAAAUGUAAACAAAAAUGUUUUUUAUUUUAUAUUCUUUAAAGUAGCGAUCUCUUGCUUUGUUGACAGCUUUGCACACCGUACAUGUUUCUUUAAUGCACAAAAAACCUGGACAGGUAGGUUGGCACUACUACAGCCAACCUCAUGUGGAUUUCCAAUGAUCUUGAAGGAGUUCCCAUAUAUGCUGAGUACCUCUUGCAUAAUAUGGAUUACUUAGCAAGUCCUCCUACCUAAACAACAGAAUAGAUUGUUUGCCAAUGACUCUCAAAACAAAGUAUAUGACCGUUCUCCAAAACAAUCGAUACGCAUGACCGUCGGCGAGUACCAGCGACAAACACGAGUUGCCAAUAGAACUCUAAACAAGUGGCAUGGAUAUCAAUUAUCAGUUAUCUGGAUAUCUGCUGGCUACACUGGAGGUCCCGAAACACUGGCUGUUGCCCCAGAGGCUAAAUCGCCAUCAGAGAAUAGCUGACAGAUUCAGAGGCUGAAGGAGAACAGUCUGGGAUUACUACAGUAGUCAAACAGGGCCAUUUACUACAUGCCAGCAGUGCACAACACUGCACAACACAACUCGUCGGAAUCAAAUGCAUUAAGAAAGCAAGAAAUUCCAUCCAUUAACUUUUAACCAUGCACCCCUGUCAGCUGAGAACCAGUCCAGGAAACUAUCUCAUGAAGCUGGUGAAGAUCAUGGCAGCAGUGUGCAAAGCUUUCAUCAAGGCAAACAGCUGCUGUGGCGAAUGUCAAAUAUUAAACAUUUUGCUCAGUUUGACACUUUCCAUUCGUGUUAUUUCGUACUUCUGAUGUCUCCACUACUAAUGUAGAAUGUUGAAGACAAUUUUAAAAAAUAAAGGAAAAACACUGAAUGAGGAGGUGUGUCCAAACUUUUGACUGGUACUAUACUUUAGUUGGUAAUUUUGUUUGCGUUGCUGCCAGCAGCAAUUACUGAGCAAGAGAGAGAUUCUGUCAGCGAGUCAAUAGAAAAUAUUUAAAUGCAAAACACCUUACUAUUGUGCAUAUUUCUUUAAUGUUGUAUUCUAUAUUUCAAAAACGUGGCUUUAUUUGGCUUUUGUUUUUGUUCCAAAGAUUUGUAGAAAGCACAUUUUUCUGCCGUAUGUAUAAAUAUAUUAUCUUUGUUAUUGUUAUGAUCAUAAUCCUUGAUAAUCCUAUUGCUGUCUUUAUUUAGUUCUUUUUCAUCUUCGUCUUUUUUUAUAUCCGUAAGUGUUGUUCCUUCUUCAUUAAGGUGCAAGUUAAAUUUCAAGGUUUUUUUCUUUCUUUGGACUAAAGGCUAAAGAUCUCGAGCCGAGAGCGUACCUGGAUAGUGACGUACUAAAGGUAUGCAUGUAACACUACUAAACUUUUGUCCUCUGAGUUAAAUAUUAAGUCAAUCCAGACUACCGCUUUAUUUGUCAUUGUUUUGUUAUGGGUUGAUCAUAGGAUCCGCUAGCAUGACAUUUGAUUAUAUUUCAAAAACGUACAAAAACGGCUGAAUGUUUUUUUUCCCUCUUGGUGUCCAUAUUUUAGGGAUGUCUCAUGCCUAAGACAUUUGGAAUGAAUGAUCUUACUGUAAGUGUGUUGACGAUUGGUUAAAACCAACUAACGUUAUGUUUUUUUGUUUUUUUUUUUAAAGCAGACUCCUUACAUUUCAGUGAUUAAAUCUGUCAGCUUGGCCAUUGUGGUCACUUCAGGUUUGAAGAUAUCCAGUAAAAUGAAAGUGUUAACUCAAACGUAAGCAGGUUAAUAUUCCAACAUGGUUUAAAACAGCUGUCACUGUGGGAUAUGAUCUAAGUUGUGUGUAAAAUGGGCCGUUGUGUUUUUCUUUACCCUAAUUACUAAUUUCAAAGCUACUGUUGUGUUUUUUUAAAUUAUCACACUUGGAAAAACAUGCAGGUCAAUAAGAUGUUUUUUUUUCUAUUAAAUGUGCUGCUGUUGGAUUUUCUCAUUUAACAUUUCUUUUUGAGUAUCUAAAAGUUACUAUAGAAUGUGCUCUGGACGAAAUAUGGGGGUAAAAAAGAAACCUAGCCAAAGAUGCUAACUAACAGUCCCCAGCACGUUUUGGUUCCCAACGUGUGCUACACGAGAUACAAAGAUGGACUUAACAAAGCCACUGAAGGCAUGGACAAACCAGCAUGAGCGAUACAUGUCAAGUUAAAAAAAAAAAAAAAAAAAAAAGUUUUGCAUGACUCUUGUGUCUUUCAUAUUUGAGUCCCGAGCAGCCGAGCCCAGUUGCGUUCUUCUUCACCACUAAACUCCAUGUAGAGCGACAGGCAGCUAGCAGUUUGAAGCUAGCUAACACAACAAAGAGCACAGUGCUGUUUGGCAAAAAGGCCUGCUGAUAAACAGAAUGGCUGCCGCACACAAGAACAUGUGGCAGCUCCGGUUUCUCGUCACGGUUUUCUUGCCACUGUAUAAUAGUAAACUAUAUGGCCGUUCUUCAUAGUUCCUAUGGUUUCUCAAUGACCGGUCCUCUCCCUCUGUCAUGUCUAUACCUCCCUUGACUGCCAUUCUGUUUUUUUGUUAUUGAAUGUCCAUAUAAAAAUGUUUUAUAUAAAAAUGUUUUGUUGUGAUGAAG